AGCCACAGAGGCCGGUUUAGUCUUCCCUCCGCUUUGCGACCCCUUAUCUUCUAGUCCUCUUCCUGCCAGUCUUUUCGCGGCCGUCGGGUGGUCGAACCGUCAUAUUGUAUCCCGACCCCGACCCUCCGGCGGACUCUAGCUCCGUAACGGAGCACUUCGUCAAAAUUUAUUCGCACAAUUCGCGGGCGUCCCUCCUCGGGGGCACCUUUGACCCAUCGUUCAGACGCGGUUUCCGGGCCCGGGAAGGGUAUACGAAUGUUCCUCCGAAUCCGCCAAAGCGACACAGGAUGUAUCGGCCAAAUUCGCUGUGGACUUGGUCCUUCUGUAUAGUUACCCUCGUGCAGACCAUCAUCACGCUUGCACUCGAGGCUUAUGUUUUCGCCAACUUCCAGAUCCAAUUAUUUCCGAAGGGCCAAGUCUCGACUGCAUCGAAAACGGUUACCACUUUCCUCGCGCUCUACUGUUUCGGUUUCAUCUAUGAGUUGAUCCUCGUUUACGAUGCUCUGCGCCUCAAGAAUACCAUCCAAGUCAUCGGGCUGUGUGUGUGUAACCUCGGACUUCUGAUCUAUGGAGCGGUGCAAGUGCAGCAGAUCAAAGACUCCAUCGAAAUGCUGGUGGCUGAAAGCGCAAUCACGGUCGAUGUCUGGGGGGAAACAGAACCUUUCUUGAUUAUCAUCCCAUGCGUUGUCGCGAUGGGUUCGAUCCUCAUGAUGAUUAUCGCUUGGAAGCUCUACGACGAAUUUGCAUGGUCGAUCUACAAACAUAUCAGCGCGGAUCUGCGAAUGAAGCGUCGGUACCUCACAUAUCAGAUUUACAUCGCCCUCCUGAAGUUCGAUUUUUUCUUCUUCCUCGGGUUCACGGUCCAGUUCCUCGUGAUCGUCACCAACAAGACCGACGUCGAAUUCGGUCUUACCACCGCUGCUAUCCCCGUUACCAUUCUGAUUCUCAUCUGCGCUGCUAUCUUCGUCAAGCGGGAGAGCUCAGUGGGAAUGAUCAUCGUCAUCCUUCUGUAUUUCGCCGCCAUGGCCUAUUUCCUGUUCAAGCUGGUCCGCAUGUACCAGCCCGGGACCUACCAAGAAUACCUGCCAGCCCGGCGGUCUUUGACGUUCUUCGCCGUCAUCACGCUUCUCCUGAUCGUCCUGACGAUCAUCAACGCCUGUAUUUGCAUGCACAAUUUCCACAAGGGCCUGAAACAGCACGUAUACAAGAAGAAGUCCCGCGACAAGGACGAGAAGACGACAGAGUUGUCUUCGAACAUCUCGGGCCAGGUGCCGACUCGCAUGAUGAUCGACUGAGCGACAUGCCAGCCAACUUACGAGCAAAAGAAAAAUAUAAUUCGGAAAACGGCAAAUACGGGGACGAAUCAGAUUUCACCUACUGCACAUUGAUUUACGGA